AUGCUCGCCAGUGUGCCGUGUGCCAAAAAGUUAAGCAGCCGCUCAUCUGUCACGGCGGAGGUGGGCGCUAGUAAGGAAAGCAGUCGUUUAACCGUUUUCGAUAGGACUAAUAACAUUGCCUUCUUGAUCGAUACCGGAUCGGAUGUUUCAAUCCUACCUGCUACCAGAAGAGACAAGACUAAACCACCGACCCCUUUUCUACUGCACGCUGCAAAUAGUACGAACAUCCCGACUUUCGACACACGUUUCCUAUACGUAGAUUUUGGACUCCGCAGAAGAUUUUCUUGGAACUUGCUCGUUGCAGACGUUAGUACCGCCAUAAUUGGAGCAGUUUUCUUGUCUCAUUUCCGUCUAAUGGUAGAUCUCAAGCACCGUACCAUCAUCGAUGGAACAACAAAGCUAAAGACCACAGGCGGGGUGGUGAAAACGUCCCUUCACGAUGUUACAACAAUCAACUAUGAUCAUCCAUUUCGGCCUUUGCUUGAAGAAUUUCAAAUCAUAACACGGCCAUCGAUGUUACUCACAGAAGUUAGCCAUGAUGUUACGCAUCAUAUUGUGACUAAAGGACCCCCAACCGCUUGUAAAGCACGUAGGAUGUCGGCAGAUUAG